AUGGAUGAUACCGAUAGAGCAGUUUCUCGUUUAUUCAGAAGUUUUAAAACCGUUAAAGAAAUGGUUAGAGAUAGGGGUUAUUAUAUAUCACAAGAAGAACUUGAUAUGACAUUAGAAGAAUUUCGAUCCAAAAUUUGUGAUUCUAUGGGAACACCACAACGUAAACAAAUGUGUUUCCAAGCUACACCAACUGGUGAAACAUUAGAAAAAUUUCCUGAAACUGGUUCAUUAUGGGUUGAAUUUUGUGAUGAAUCAUCAGUUGGAAUUAAAACUAUGAGAAAUUUUUGUAUUCAUAUUACUGAAAAAAAUUUUUCUACAGGAAUAUUUAUUUAUCAAAAUUCUAUGACUCCAAGUGCUAAUAAAUUAAUUCCUACAGUUUCACCAGCUACUAUAGAAAUUUUCCAAGAAAAUGAUUUAAUUGUUAAUAUUACUCAUCAUGAAUUAGUUCCAAAACAUUUAAAAUUAAAUCAUGAAGAAAAAAAAGAAUUAUUAACAAGAUAUAGAUUAAAAGAAUCUCAAUUACCAAGAAUUCAACGAGAAGAUCCUGUAGCAAGAUAUUUAGGUUUAAAACGUGGUGAAAUUGUUAAAAUUAUUAGAAGAUCAGAAACUUCUGGUCGUUAUGCAUCAUAUAGAAUUUGUUUGUAA